CCCCGCCCCCAGGCCGAGGGGCGGGGUUGGCUGCUGGAGCGACCGUUGGGCCGGGGGCCGAGCCGGUGUCCGCGGCGUCUCCGCGACCCCGCCCCGCCGGCGCAGGAGGAUGAGCCAGCGCCUCCCCGGGGAGCAGCAGGCGGCGCCACCCGGACAGGUUAUAAAGCAGCUAAAUGGAGUCUGAGCAGUUGUUUCAUAGAGGCUACUAUCGAAACAGCUACAACAGUAUAACUAGCGCAAGCAGCGAUGAGGAGCUUUUAGAUGGAGCAGGUGUAAUUAUGGACUUUCAGACCUCUGAAGAUGACAAUCUCUUGGAUGGUGAUGCAUCAGUUGGAACUCAUUAUACAAUGACAAAUGGAGGAAGUGUCAAUAGUUCAACACAUUUACUGGAUCUUCUGGAUGAACCGAUUCCUGGAGUAGGAACGUAUGAUGACUUCCAUACCAUUGACUGGGUUCGAGAGAAGUGCAAAGACAGAGAAAGGCAUAGACGGAUUAACAGCAAGAAGAAAGAAUCAGCAUGGGAGAUGACAAAAAGUUUGUACGAUGCGUGGUCAGGAUGGCUAGUAGUCACGCUAACUGGUUUGGCAUCAGGGGCACUGGCAGGAUUAAUUGACAUCGCUGCUGACUGGAUGACUGACUUAAAGGAAGGCAUUUGCCUUAGUGCUUUGUGGUUUAACCAUGAACAGUGUUGUUGGGGUUCAAAUGAGACUACAUUUGAAGAGAGAGAUAAAUGUCCGCAGUGGAAAACAUGGGCAGAACUAAUAAUUGGGCAAGCAGAAGGUCCAGGUUCAUACAUAAUGAACUACAUAAUGUACAUUUUCUGGGCUUUGAGCUUUGCCUUUUUAGCAGUUUCUUUGGUGAAGGUAUUUGCUCCCUACGCCUGUGGCUCAGGGAUACCUGAGAUAAAAACUAUUUUGAGUGGCUUCAUCAUCAGAGGUUACCUGGGGAAGUGGACUUUGAUGAUAAAAACAAUUACUUUAGUCUUGGCUGUCGCAUCAGGUUUGAGUUUAGGAAAAGAGGGUCCCUUGGUACAUGUUGCCUGCUGCUGUGGGAAUAUUUUUUCCUACCUCUUUCCAAAAUACAGCACAAAUGAAGCUAAAAAAAGAGAGGUGUUGUCAGCUGCCUCAGCAGCAGGAGUAUCUGUAGCCUUUGGUGCGCCAAUUGGUGGAGUCCUUUUCAGUCUGGAGGAGGUCAGUUACUAUUUCCCCCUGAAAACUUUAUGGAGAUCAUUUUUUGCUGCUUUAGUAGCUGCAUUUGUUUUAAGGUCCAUCAAUCCUUUUGGUAAUAGCCGCCUAGUUCUUUUUUACGUGGAAUAUCACACUCCUUGGUACCUUUUUGAACUGCUUCCUUUUAUUCUUCUGGGAGUAUUUGGUGGGCUCUGGGGAGCAUUUUUCAUCCGAGCAAACAUCGCAUGGUGUCGUCGCCGCAAAUCUACGAAAUUUGGGAAGUAUCCUGUGCUGGAGGUUAUUAUUGUUGCAGCAAUAACAGCUGUCAUUGCAUUUCCUAAUCCAUAUACAAGGCUAAACACCAGUGAGCUUAUUAAAGAGCUCUUCACAGACUGUGGGCCGUUAGAAUCCUCCUCCCUCUGUGACUACAGAAAUGAUAUGAAUGCGAGCAAAAUAGUAGAUGAUAUUCCUGACCGUCCAGCAGGCACUGGAGUCUAUUCAGCUAUAUGGCAGUUGUGUUUAGCACUCAUAUUUAAAAUAAUCAUGACAGUCUUCACCUUUGGUAUCAAGGUUCCAUCUGGACUGUUCAUCCCUAGUAUGGCAAUCGGAGCGAUAGCAGGAAGGAUUGUAGGAAUUGCAGUGGAGCAGCUGGCUUACUACCAUCAUGACUGGUUCAUUUUCAAGGAGUGGUGUGAAGUUGGAGCUGACUGUAUUACACCUGGUCUUUAUGCCAUGGUUGGUGCUGCUGCAUGCUUAGGUGGUGUGACAAGGAUGACUGUGUCCCUGGUAGUUAUUGUCUUUGAGCUAACAGGGGGGCUGGAAUAUAUUGUGCCCCUCAUGGCUGCAGUCAUGACCAGUAAGUGGGUAGGAGACGCCUUUGGUAGGGAAGGCAUCUACGAGGCACACAUCCGACUGAAUGGAUAUCCUUUCUUGGAUGCAAAGGAAGAAUUUACUCACACAACACUGGCUGCUGAUGUUAUGAGACCUCGAAGAAGCGAUCCACCUUUAGCAGUUCUGACGCAGGAUAAUAUGACAGUCGAAGACAUAGAAAACUUGAUCAACGAAACCAGCUAUAAUGGUUUUCCUGUUAUUAUGUCGAAAGAAUCGCAGAGACUAGUGGGCUUUGCUCUACGAAGAGAUUUAACUAUUGCAAUAGAAAGUGCUAGAAAGAAGCAGGAAGGGAUUGUUGGCAGUUCCAGGGUCUGUUUUGCCCAGCACACCCCAUCGCUUCCGGCAGAAAGCCCUCGACCUCUGAAGCUCAGAAGCAUACUUGAUAUGAGCCCUUUCACCGUGACAGACCACACACCAAUGGAAAUAGUGGUGGAUAUUUUCCGGAAGCUGGGUCUGAGGCAGUGCCUUGUAACACACAAUGGGAUUGUCUUGGGGAUCAUCACAAAGAAGAACAUAUUAGAGCAUCUCGAGCAACUAAAGCAGCACGUCGAACCCUUGGCGCCUCCUUGGCAUUAUAACAAAAAAAGAUAUCCUCCGUCAUAUGGCCCAGACGGCAAACCAAGACCCCGCCUCAAUAAUGUUCAACUGAAACCCAUAGCUGAGGAGAGAGAGGAAACCGAAGAGGAGGUUCAUUUGUUGAAUAGCACAACACUUUAGUCUGCAGGACGCUUCUAAGAUCAGAGACGAGAGCUGGGUUGUUGCGUAGCGGUGCCGCUGGCAAUCGGGAGUUGGUCUGGGGGAACGCGUGGCGAGAGGAGGAAGGCGAAGGGAGCGUGGGAAGGGAGCGCUGCCGGCCUGCACUGGAUGCGUCCCGAGACGUCAGGUCUGCCAUGAUAGUGCAGCAGGCGAGCUCUGCGAGGUGGCGCCGUUCUCCAGCCCCAGCCUGGUACUUCAGCGUUGAAGAGACGUGUUAUUAGUCCCUGUUUCUGGAGGGAUCAUUCCGAAUUGAGCCAUCUUACAGAGACUGAAAGGUCUUGCCCUUUUUACCAUUGAAAACUGUUGUGUUAACUCACGAAGCAUUAUAAUGAUUACACGUCACCUUUCUACAUUCCAGAAGAGCUUUAUUUCUCUCUCUCCUGAGCCGUAACAAAGCCUCUUUAAAAUUGGUGUGCCCUUUUGAAGCCGUUGUUUCUCAUAUUGAGAUGUACUGUGAGUUACUGAGGUUUGAUCACAAGAAGGGAGUUUUUUCUUGUGCCAUUAAAUGUGUAAGUUUGUAUAUCAUGAAAUGCUUGGAGCAGUACAGAUCCAGUGUGACAAAGACAGAUGGAACAGGUAAUACCUUGCAAGAACCACGCGAGACUUAUUUCAGCCCAUGUGCUGUCAUGAUGUGAGAAAAAUUUAAAGCAGAUGAAACUAGCAUUUCAAAGAAAAAUACUGGUUUUGCUGCAGAAAAUAUCAAUAAUGUGACCUGGUCUUAUGCAAUUUUUGUAUUAUUGAAAACACUAUGAUAUAUACCAAUGUUGUGCAGUACAAGGAAAAAUACUGCUGUUCUACUAGUUAAGAGCUGGAACAAUUCUGUAUACGUGUACCUGGUAAAAAUUGCAUGCUACAACACUGGAGAUCUUUCCCCCCCCCUCACCCGGUAAAAUUUGAGAACGGUCAUUUUUAUUUUUUCUUCUCCACAACAGACGUUCCACUGCUGACAUGGUAAGAAGAAACGUAACUCAUAACUUGCACUAAAUGUAUAUUAUUUUUCUUGAAGUUUUACCAUUCUUUAUUUAUAUUUCUAUGGAUUAAAAAAAUCUAUUAAAUAUGAAUCAGUUAAUAUCUCACAUAACUAAUUACCUUUUUAAUGUGAUUUUAUAGAAUAAUUUGUAAUCCUCUGCAAGUAAUAGAGGAUUAGCAAAUGUUUACAACUAGAUGAAGGGUUGAAGCAAACUGGUUUCUUUAUGAUCCAACAUGCAUAUAAGGUAAUUUUCAAAUGUAACUUUCACUGCCAUUACCUUGAGAUUUCCUUUUUUUCUUUACAAGCAUAUAACUGGAACAGUAACAUUAAAAUUUUAUUUAAGAAAACUGCAGGGUUUUAAUAAUGGGAAGAAAGCAAUGAUAAUUAUUAGAUUGCUUUUGACUUUUUUUUCCCCAAGUAUAUAGAGUUGUAAAUGAUACGCAGCCAUAGAAGACGAGCAGCAGGGCAGAAACUAAUCCAGUACUUGAAACUUUGGCAGGACUUUAAAAUUCAGCAGCAACACACAGGCUGGCAGGUGAACUGACAGAUCCUUAACUACUUUACUUUACUUCUUUCUUUCCAGGCACUAGAUGAAUUUGUGUCACGUUCACGUUAUCAAACCACCACAAACACACACAGAGGAAAAAGGCAACGUGCCGUAAGCCUGAAGUAGGGAAGUUAAAAAAGAAAAAAAAAAGAAAUCUGGCUGACAUAAAUCAUGCUUUAUAAUAUGGGGCUAGAUAAACUUUCCUUCUUUUAAAAAUUAUGCCCAGAAGACUGCAAAAAUAUAAAUGGUAAAUGUUUAAAAUAGUCAUCCUAGGCAUGCCUAAGGCAAUCGUCACAGUUACCUUACGAACAGUAACAUACUGAAACGAAACUGGUACUUCUGGCAAGCUCCAAAAUAAUGCCUGUGCUGAAGUGCUCUGCUGAAGUUUUAGCAAUCUGAGUAUAAAACUGCCAUCUCAUCAUCUCAUCUCUUACAGCAACUGGAACCAGUAGAAAAUGAAAUGUGCCUAUGGGCUCAUGGUGCUCAGCCCCUGUAUUUAAAAGGGGGUGGGAGCUGAAGUCAAUGCUAGUGGUUCAAAAUGUGUUCUGUUACAUUGGGUAAGCUUGAAGAAACUUUAUAGACGCAGCUUCACAGAGAGCAAGAUUUGGCCCAUUUCUAGAAGGCAGCUCUGGAAGUUGGCUCUGAUGCCAAUUUCUGCAUUUUUUUCUACAGUGAAAGAAUGCACUACGUAUGUCAAAAUUGUUUAAAUCAGUUUGAAACCUCUGCCCUUUCAGACGUUCUUCUAUUAACUUGCUCCUAAUCCUGCAGACUGUACUGUCUGAAUUCAAAUACAGUUUACACCCCUGCUGUGUUUUAUAAUUUCAGUAUGGAUCUCAAAUUCUGCAUAUAAGUUGUGAAUCUCUGUUCUCUCUUCUUACCUGCUAAGCUUUCCCUACUGACAUUUAAAAUGUCUUCUGGUAAACACACAUUAGAGGUUCUGAUAAGGAAGUAUGUGUGCCUGUGCUGUGCAACGACAAUUUUCUAACAUAAAACUUGCAGCGCCUUACUCAAGUUACUAAUUUGAAACAAAAUGUGAUGGAUGGGAGGGGGAAAGCGUCAGCUUUUGUUUCUUUUUUUUUUUUUUUCUUUUUUAAAAACCAUUCAGUUACUGGUUCAUGAAGAAUACAUUCUUUGUUAAUCUGUGAUAUUGCCUAGAGCUGUAUUUAAUAUUGAUCUUAAUGUUUUUAUUUAUAAUAGUGUGGUAGAGCUGCAUAUCAUUACAGUAAAAACUCUGAUUACUGUAAUGAUUUAAUCAAACAUUAAAAACUUCUGUAUGACCAUU